AUGGCGUGUGAGCAGAGAAAGAUCAAAGUUUUCAUGUUCCCAUGGCUAGCACAUGGACACAUCUCACCUUUCCUAGAGCUAGCCAAGACACUUUCAAGCAGAAACUUCAUGGUAUACUUGUGUUCAACAGCGGUGAAUCUUAGUUGCAUUAAGAGAAGACUCACAGAGAAGGAUGCAAAUUCCAUACAACUAGUGGAACUCCAUGUUCCGACCUUGCCUGGUCUUCCUCCAAAUUGCCACACAACCAAGAACCUCCCACCCCAUCUCAUGCCUACCCUCAAAAAGGCCUUUGAUUGGUCACGCCACAACUUCUCCAAAAUGCUAAAAACCCUAAAACCAGACCUCCUUAUCUAUGAUACUAUUCAACCAUGGGCCCCGAUUAUCGCUUCUAAGCAUGAUAUCCCGGCUGUGGUUUUCAUAAGCACCAGCGCUACAAUGACUUCUUACAUGUUUGAUCGCUACAACAAUCCAGGUACGGACUUCCCUUUUCCAGAGAUACAUCUUAAUGAUUAUGAGGAUGAUAAGUUCAUUCAUUUGAUUCAAUCUUCUGAAAAUUACUAUAAAGAGAAAAACCGCUUCUUUGAAAUCCUUAAAGAAUCAUCGAGCAUAAUUUUGAUCAAGAGUUCGAGAGAGAUUGAAGGAAAAUAUAUCGACCACCUCUCCUUUUUAGCUGGAAAGAAAAUUGUACCAGUUGGUCCACUUGUCCAAGCCUUUGUCAAUGACGACGAGCACUUGCACAUCACCGAGUGGCUCAACAAGAAGGACAGAGGCUUGACCAUGUUUGUUUCCUUUGGAAGUGAGUAUUUGCUCACCAAGGUAGAGAUGGAAGAGAUGGCUCAUGGGUUAGAACUUAGCAAUGUCAAUUUCAUAUGGGUUGUUAGGUUUCUAGUGGGACAAAAAACUAGGGUUGAGGAGGCACUCCCAAAAGGGUCAUCCAAGGGUGGGCCCCACAAGUAA